UGUUGUCCUUAAUACUGAUGUGAAAUCUAAGCAUUCUGUGUACGCAGUUUAAUUUUUUGAUUUUUAAAAUGACAGAUUUGUAUCGUGAUAAUACAAAUGAAUAAAAAAGGAAUAAUGAAGACAAGGAAUAACAUUGCGGACGUAGCAAUUGAUAGAUAUGAAAAAUCUAAAAUGUUUCUGCUGGUACUUUUCUUUAUGUCUGGUUUGGCAAUGAUUUUUGCAGGAUUUUGGGCUGAAUUGAAAUUGAAUCGUUUUUUACAGUUUACUACUAAGCAUUCUUAUGCUCCGUCGUAUGUUUUAAUUGGUACAGGUAUAAUUGUUAUUUUUGCGGGGUUUUUCGCUUGUUGUUGGUCUAGCGAUAAAGGGAAUCCUGUUAUUAUGUAUGCUUGCAGUGUUUCACUGUUUUUGGUAGUGGUAAUUGAAGUUAGUGCGGCUGUAGCGAUGCUGGUUUUUCGUAAAUCAUGGAUAGAAAAUUUUGAUGCGGGAAUGAAAGACGCUAUUACGAAAUAUAAGAAAUUUACACCAUAUUUUGAUACGGAAGUUGAUUCCUUUCAAAUUGCUUUAAAAUGUUGUGGGGACCACACAUACAAUGACUGGCUAAAUUUGAAUCCACCUGUACCUCAAUCUUGUUGUAUCAAAACGAGCUGUGAUACAAACGAUGUCAGCAAAAUUUACCAAGAGGGCUGUUAUGAAAAAGUAGUGGCAUUUUUUAAAAAUAAUGUGAAAUAUCUUGCAGUCGGAAUUGCCAUAUUAGCAGUCUUCCCUUUAUUAGGAAUAAUUAUCUUUUGGGGACUAGCUAGGGGUGGUAAAAAGUCAAAUUAUCAGCAAGUAAAGUAACAAUCUAAUGGUUCGUUUUCG